AUGCAGACACGUCGGUGGGUGAUAGGGCUCCAGGCACUGACCCGCGGAUGGCUCGGUCGUCGGAGGGCCCAGUUUCGCAGGACUUACACCCAACACCUCGGCGAGGAGAGAGCGGCAGGGCGCGUUAGGUGGAAGCAGCUAAUCCGGAGGCGGGAAGACGAGGAGCUGCUCAACGGCGCUCGUUCAGAGGACCUUGAUGAUGACCUAGAGCUCCAUAGGACGUUCAUGAAGUACUGCCGAUUCGGAGAUCGGCGAAAUACCGGCAGAAUGGUGGUCGCCAAGCUGACGGCCUUGUGCAAAGACGCCGGCAUCAUCGAUAAGCGCUUUCCAGUGCAACGGGUGGAGAUUUCCUUCUCCAGGCUGAAACCCAGGGACCUGAGUCAUCUCCCGUAUCCGAGCUUCUUAGCUGCGCUGGACGAUAUCGGCACGCAGCACCCAGACCUCCGUAGGCUGGGGGACGCCGCCGCCGCGGCAGCACAGGAAGAAAGUGUUGCCGUGCUCGUCAGAGCCAUCCCAGGUGCUACUACUGCCGUCUCCUCAUUGGUUGAAGCCGACCGUGGGAGCGGCGUCGGAAAAAAAUCAAAGCGGCCCUACAACCGCUCCGCGAGAGGCGAGGCGACGUCUCCCACGAACGCAGACGGGAAAAGAAGCAGGGCGGAGAACUCCAGGACCCCGACGACCGAAAAUCGAGCGGAAAAAGCAGCAAAGCUUUCGGGACGACCCGGUGCUGCUGGGGCGAAGAGCCCCGCAGGUGGCGGGGCCACGGCUAAAGUGGCUGGGGCCAAAGCAGCGGGAGAGGGGGCAACGGCCGAAACGGCCGAGGUUGAAUGCCUAGGGGGAUUUCGACCAGACGACCAGCGCUUGCUGGUUCUUCUACAAAAGUUCGUCUUCGUCAACUCUCAAGCCGGGAAGGAGGCGUGCUCAGAGAUGGAGGCCGAGGGAAGAGGGGCAAGACGGCGCGCCCUCGACCGACUCGAAGCGGCGGCCAUGGUGGUGCAGGCCUGCGUGGCGAGGGGUUGCUCCGGGAGGGCACUGGCGCGGGAGGCAUCGGGGCGGCGGGAGCUUCACCGGCAUGAUGCAAGGCUCAACUGGGCUGCGUCAUUGCUGCAAACAAGGAUGCGGGCGUUUGCAGCUCGGACGCGAGCGGCAAAGUUGGCGAUGAAGCGGUACUACCGGUGCUUGGACGGCCUCACCGGGGCCGAGUACUAUUUUGACCCAAAAACAGGGAAGUCGUCUUGGACGAAGCCUAAGAUUCUGGGAAAGUUCGACAUCUCCACGGCGGUCGUCGUCCCCGCGGGAGAGGAGAUCAUGGUGCCGAUGUGCCACGAGUGCGCCGAAGAAGUGGCCACCGAAAUUUGCGCGGACUGCGACGAAGACAUGCUGUGCCAUCUCUGCGUCGACCGAAUCCACCGCACCGGCAAUGCCUCUACUCAUCUCCGAGUGCCGAUCGAGAUGUGUGAAGAAUGCAGCUUUCAGGUGGCCGUGAAGCAUUGCCAGCAGUGCGGCGACAACUUUUGCGUGUCCUGCUUUGCGCACAUUCACCGCAAAGGGAGAAUCAGGCGCCACACCUUCGAGCCGCUCGUUGGAAUGUGCCAUGAUUGCGGGGACAGGGCACAGGCUUUCCAGUGCUUUGGGUGCGAUACUGAAGGAUGUCUGCUUCUUUGCAAACGGUGCCUGGAAGCUCGCCACCACUACCUCCUGCCCGACCAACUCGCCGAACACCGGAUCGAGGCGGUAGGGUUCCGAUCGCUAAAGCUCAAGCGUUUGAAGGAAGAGCAAUCGUCGAGGGCGAGGGAGCUCUGGAUGAAGGCGGAGUCCGCGGCCACCGGCAAGAGGUCGAGAGACAAGAAAAUGCUUGCCGCUGCCAUCAAAAUCCAGGCAGUGUGGAGGGGCUAUCUGGCGAGAAAGAGGCGAAGACAUUUGAUGGAUCAACACCUUCUGUGGAAAAUACAACGCCACAAGGACGAUCAGAUCCGAAAGAAACUUACGUACAAGGUUGCUCGCUAUUUCGGCAAGGCGCGUCUUCUCAAGUCCGAUACGAACCAGGAGAUUGUCCUCAAGCAAUAUCCAAGGUGGUGGCAAUCCACGAUCAUGGACAUCGUUAGACCCACGUUUGGAUGGCACGAAGGGGCUAAGAUGGUCCGGGAACAGGAGUUCUUCGCGAAGAAGACCAAGCGUAAAGGCCGUUGGAAGGUGCAUGCGGCGCGAUUGAGGUUAGGCGGUGAAUUGAUCCGGCUACGAAUGGAGAGCCGAAAACAAAGAAAGUACGAGAGGUUGCGAGACAAAGCCGUAGGGGUUUACCAGCAUGCUCGGGCGAAAGGAGGGGUGAGCGCGGCACACAAAGAGGAACUGCAGCAGAUUUCGCGAAAGGCGAAACGUGCGGUCCAAAACCAUCAACAAGAGCGGGAGAAGGCGGAAGAGAGGGUGAAAGCGGCCGAAAACGCACUGGAGGCGCUCAUCGGCCCCUUCCGUUUGAGAAACAACGUCAGAGCUGCGGUAACGGAGGGAAUGCUCAUGCCGUUCCCAGUGUCAAUGCAGAAGGGCAAGGCCAAUGCCCGACUGGAGAAGGGACAGAACAUGCGAGAGGUACUCAAGUGGAUGCCAUACGGAAGGAGAGUGCGCGUGGAGCCCACCGAUCCUUCGUCAGUAUACCUCUUGCCGGAGGCCGAGGCGGGGGCGUGCCCCCGUCCUCCAUCGCAUGCUUUCGGCCCAUUCUACGUGGUUGGUGUAAAAGAGUCCCGGCAGAACGACAAGAAGGACAAGGCCGCGGCGGCGGCGUCAGCCUUGGCUGGAAAUCUGGCGUCGAAGGAGCCAGGAGAUACCAAGGAGCGGCCUGCGACCGGAUUGGGCAGUGGAGCCGCUGCGACGACACCGGCGGAGAGCAUUGGCGAGGGUGGCACUGCGGCCGGUGCUGAUGGCGGGGAAGACAGUGUAGUUGAUCUCAAGGCACAAUCGUCCCCAGUGCUCAUCCUUGAUCGGCAGUGGCUUCUGGAGGAGGCGCCUCUAUGCCAAGCCUACGCCAUGCCCAUCUUGCCCGUGAUCCAAAAGAUCUUGAUGGUGCUGCGUACGGGCAUACGGGACAGCUCCGUCGUGCAGGUGGCGAUCAAGGUGGCCGUUGUUGGCACGCAUCAGCACAGAGACAGGCUGGAGAGGUGGCAGACAAAGUUCGACGACGACAGCGACAUGCACGCGCGGCUAGAGCGGUGGGCAGCGGGGAGCGAGGACCGGUCCAAGAGGCUCAUGCUCCGUAGGCGGAAGCUGUUCGACGUUGAAGAAGGAUUCCAACCGGAGAAGAGAAGGGUGAUGGAGGCGGUGGAGUCUGUGCUCGCGCUCUGGACCAGUCUUCAAGAAAUGACCGACUUUGCGAAGUCUGCGGCAGCAACGGGGCUGGCCUCCACGCAGGGGGCAGACGGAAAAGGGAUGAUCGGGGGCAAGCUGGGCCGUGAGGUAGUUGUGCAGCUUUUCAAGAAGUGGGUGCAGUCGGAUGACAGGACCAAGGUUAUCAUCAUGCACCGGUCUGGGAAGGCUGCGAAUGAGCCGGCUGUCGAGGUGGUUCAGGUGGUGGGAUACAUUAAGGUCGACCUGGACACCCCUACCCCCGUCCUCAGGGAGUUCAUAAGGCGAUACUGCGGUGGCUGGUUAAACGAGCACGCCAAGGGAGAUCACUUCGUCAUGGAAGAUACGACGGGCGAGAUAGUCAGGCGGAACAGGGAAGGGGGGAAGCUGAACGCGACGGCAAUGGACAUGGUGCAAGAGCGAAUCAAUAAAACCACCCGCGACACCGAGUCCGUGAUUUUCGUACGGGACGAGAGGAGUCGAACGGACCCCGACGCCGAGGUGGAACUCGUCCUCAUCCCCGAGAAAGAUUUCCUCGAUCCAGAGUCGACGCCUACGUUCGAGGACGGGGUCAACGCUCACGAAGAAGGAAACGACAACGGCGACGGCGACGUCGACGCAAAGGGCGCACGAAAAAAGCACCGCGAGGAAGACGGUGCGGACGGAGGGGACGAGAGCGAUGCAGGUGGGCGUUCCAGCGACUUUUCUUCCGACCAGUUCAGCGCUAGCAUCGGUUCCAUGGGGAGCGACCUGGAGGAGGACGAGGACGACCCCUUCGCGGCUAUGCAGAAAGACUUGCAAGACGAAAAGGACGCACACAAUUCGGCGACCAACAAUGACACUGCUGGUACGAACGAGGCAGCUAGAGGAUAG